CAGCAGGACCUUCCACUUGACCUCUGGGAAACGAUGGACUUGAGGCUUCCUUCUAAAUUUAGUCACUUAUGUGCGCAUGUACACUAUAAUCUCCAGCUCUUGGUUAUGGCAGUAGUUUAAGCCUGAUCUUAUCUCGAGCGACCCCUGAUCUCGCUGUAGCUGCGCAGGUCUCCAUUUGCACUAUGCAGGGAAGCACGAUCUGAUCAGCAGACCGAGCAUUGCGCGCGGACGCGCAAAAUUCUAGGCGACCGCAGGGUCACAAACAGACGCAAUGGCGCACGGGAAUAAUAAUAAUAAUAAAUUCUUAACCAUUCCCUCUGAAGAGGGUCUUUUCAGGACGGUGAGGGUCGAGCGUUCCGGAGAAGAGAACGGUGACGAUGAAGACGACGAAGAAGCUGAGGAUGACGUCCGGUUUGUACCGAGAUGCUCCCCGGUGCCCAGAAAGCGAGGACCAUCGAUCGCCGAUGAAACAGCCGAGUACAUGCGCAUUCGCUUCUCGUUACCCAACCGCAGAGUGUCCUUCGCCGAUUCCACUGGAGCCGACCUGGUUGAUGUCAGGAUGUUUGUAGCGUUUGAUUCAGACGAAGAAGACGAAUCGAGAUGGAAAGAAGAGGAGGCUCGGUACCGCAAGGCAUACCGCGAGCCCACUUACCGCGUAUGUCCAGAGUUUCAAGCGUUCACGGGAACCGAGCUCGCGCUCUCCGUCCACACCAACAAGCUGGAAGUGGAGAGCGUAACGCCCAUUCCGAAUGAACCGCUGUCGUUCGAGGUGGUGGUCCGUGUGCUUAACAUUUCUUUCCACAAAUCGGUCUAUGUCCGGUCUACUAUGGAUGGUUGGAUCACUUACUUCGAUUAUCCAGCCGACUACGUGCAGGGCUCCCACGACGGCGAAACGGACAAGUUCACCGUGACGCUGUCAUUCGCCUCGCCGUAUCUGUUCAACGGAGCGCGGAUUGAUUUUGUUGUGCGGUACGAAACGUCGGAUGGAGAGUUUUGGGCGAACAACUCUGGCAAGAAUUAUUCGGUGACUCUUUUACAGUCAGUUGAAGAGGACACGACCCAGUACGCCAAUGCGGAGGAUACUGAACUGAGAGGUAUAUUAAAGCCACCAAGGUACAGAGCAAAUGAUGAUGAUGAUGAAUCCUUUGAUGACAACGAAGAUGAUGCAGAUCUGAGCCGCGAUAAUUAUGAAUCAACCGAGACUAAAACUUGUUUUCCACAACCGACUAUAAUCCAGCCAGAGAUCGACAUUGAGACUGCCAAGAACUUGUCCAGUUCUCCAGAGUCCACAGCGGAAUGUCAUCUUUCCCCCACUGAUUCUCCCUCCGGAGAACCACUUCCUUCAGAUUCAACUUCAUCUAAUAAUUCACCACAAACAGAGUCUGUAACCGCAGAUGAAACCGUUCAGUCAACUUUACACGAGCCUGAAUCCCACGAGUCCACUUUAGAGUACUCUGAGCCACAGGUUCACGUUUUUAAUGUUGUCCCUUCCACAUCCCCCCCUAGUGUUUUUGAUGAUUAUUAUGAAUUUGAGGAUUUUAAAGAGGAUUUCAAGCUUGAGGUAGCAGCCCAAGUGCCUUUCGAGUUUGCCCAACCCUCGCCCUGUGGAUUUUCAGAUCAAUGGUACUUCCAAGAAGUAGAUGAUUUAAACGAGAAGAAAGAUGUUGAGGAAACAGAUGGGACAGAGGUGGAUGUGCUUGAAGACCAAUGUCUGGAUAUAAAAGAAGAGACAGACACUUACUUUCACGUGUUGGACAAAUCUGUACAGCUUGAGAACAAUGAUCAUGCAAAGGAAGAUGUUGAGCAUCAAAUGGCUGUAGACAGCUUGCCCGAAGGCCUACAGCACCAUCUGGAGAAAGAAACUGAAGAACAGGAAGUAGAUCUUCUCUCUUUGGUCACAACUGAGGCGGUUGAAGAAAUGUUGACAGUUGAUAGUAUCCGUCAGGGUGGUGAGGAAAUUGAUGGUUUGGUGGCUUCCUCUCUUGGAGUCACCACAAGAUCGGACAUAGAUACCCACAGCUCACUCAUCUAUCCCCCUGCAGAAACAUCUGAUCAUAAUCUGACAACCAUGCAAGAAGAAAGACCCAACACAGAAACAGUUGAGGAUCCAGACUAUAUUAAACAGAGUAUUCUCAUGUCUACCUCAGAUCAUCAAACAACCGCACAGGGAAAGUCAGAGCCUUCCGACAUUUCUGAAGCAUUUCCAUUUAUAGCCCCCGAGCUCGCUGGUGAUCUACAGCCUUCAACUGUGUGCUCUGCCAUAGAAGAGGAUUUAACUUGCCAUAAGUCUUGCCAGGGUGAUGAAAUUUCUGGCGUUGCAUAUCAGACAUACAAAGACUCAGAAAUCAAGCUUCCACUGCCAACAGAAAGCAGUAAAAUAUCUAAGAAUGAAACUGAAGAGAUUCUGCAGAAGUCUAUGAUCGCCUCGAUGACCUUCUUCAGUGCUGCCGUAUGUUUGGCUGUUGGGAUUCAGGAACCCAGCAUUUUCCUGGUUGUGGGUUUAUUCUUAUUAUCCCUCUGUUUUUGAUUUCUGGUCAUUUUCAUGCGAGUUUUCUUUUCUCCAUGCUUGCACUCAAAAAGCCUUAAUGCAUAAUAUUCUUCUUUUCUCCAUCGUGCCUUGAUCAAUUCCCCAAAUAAUUUAAAAAAGCAAACAUAAUUGGUGUCGUAUCUGUGCUUAUGUGACUGUAAAUAGGAGUUUUCGUGUUUGUCAGAUGAUUUACUGUAUAUCAACUUAAAAUUUAGUUGAUUAACUUUGCAAAGUGACAUCACUAUAUAUAUCACCUAUUCAUUUAUAUGGCUCAGUUCAGCUCAACUAAUUAAAACAUACCCAGAACGGUUGUGAAUUUAAAUAGCAAUACAAGUACAAAUGCAAAAUAUGUAUUUAUAUAAACACUGGGUGACUUGUGAGUCGGAUGACAUGAUGGUUAGUGUAUGUGGUUUUUAUGAUAUAGAGACUUAAAGGAGACUGGACAACGUGACAGGGAUUUUAGAGCCGAGUGCUGUAAGGAAUAUAAGAAAGUUGGAACACGCAAGACUUUUGAGUUUUUGCUUAUAGCACAACUUUUCUUUGUGAUAAAUUGUGAAUGUUUGUAUUUCAAAACGUAGCUUGGUGUGAACUCUGGGUUUGUAUGUUGAUUUACUGAACUGCACUGUGAACAUUAAUGUGUGGUGUUGUUUUUGUUUGUACUUAGAUUUGCACAAAUAUUCUGCAUAGAAUGCUAAAGUCACACAAUUUUUAAAUAUGUUAACUGUACCAAAUGUGUCUACAUCUACAUGAAACCUGCUAUUACUCAGUGUUUAAUAGUAGCUGCAUCUUCUCUAUCUCUAUCUUUGAGUAUGUGGCCUUUUGUGGUGCCCCGGGCCUCUGAUAUCACCCCAAAAGGUCAUGCAUUGCUCUGAAGUCAAAGCAUCAAAUUACUGGGGGGCUAAACUCCAUUGUAAGCAGAGAUAUAGAGCUGCUCCUUAAAGAACUAUGAACUCUUGAAUAAAGUACUAAAUCACUUUUCA